AUGGCCGCCACCGAGGUCUCGGGCCCUUCCACGCAGUUUACCAAAAUCAAAGAGCCUGAUGUGCUGCCGGCCCAAGUCCCAGAGCAGGGUAUGCAGGAAGAAACGGUGCGCAGAUCUGGGAGCCCGCAGGGCGCCAGCGAGCUGCAGGCCGAGGGGAGCUGCAGGCCCCUGCAAGCCAAGCACCUGGAGGGAGAGCUGUCGCUGGUGCCCGCCCCGAGCGAGAAGCACAUCCUGACACUGCAGACCGUGCACUUGGCUUCUGAAGACGUGGAGAUGCGGGAGCUGGGCUGGCUGAGUGCACAGCCGGCAGAGGAGGUGCAGGUGGUGGUGCAGGCCGACAGCGGGCUGCCGUCGCUGCUGUGGCUCCGCGAAGAGCCCCAACAGAGUGCGCAGCAGUGCCUGGCCAUCAGCGUCCAGGAAGAGCUGUUCCCGCUGCAAGGGGUGGAGGUGAUGCAGUUCCACCUGCUGGAGGAGAACGUGUCCGCAACCGGCGAAGAGCGCCAGUUAGCGGCCAGCGGGGCCCAAAGCACAGGAUUGACCAAGCUUGAAAAAGGUGAGGAAGAGGAGCAGCUGGUGAUGGAAAACCGAUCAACUGAAAGCACAGAAGAGCAAUUCUUCCUUGUGGAAGCAAGGCCAGGAGACGAAGGAAAAGAUGAAAUUGUUCUGACAAUUUCCAAUUUAAACGUGGAAGAACAGCAAGAUAAACCUGCAUCUGGUCAAGCAGAUGUCGAAAAAGCCAGCUCUAUAAAAAAUCAAAGAAAAACAAAGGCAGCCAAGCGGACCUUCCGGACCUUCCGCUGCAGCGUCUGCAUGUUCACCUCCUCUAGAGUCUCGAGUUUCAAUCGUCACAUGAAAACCCACACCAGCGAGAAGCCUCACAUGUGCCACCUUUGCUUGAAGGCGUUCCGCACCGUCACUCUGCUGCGGAACCACGUCAACACCCACACAGGAACCAGGCCCUACAAGUGUGGGGACUGCGACAUGGCCUUUGUGACCAGCGGGGAGCUCGUCCGGCACAGGCGCUACAGACACACCCACGAGAAGCCCUUCAGCUGCUCCUUGUGCAAAUACGCGAGCGUGGAGGCCAGCAAGCUGAAGCGCCACAUCCGCUCGCACACGGGGGAGCGCCCCUUCCAGUGCCGCCUGUGCAGCUACGCCAGCAAGGACUCCUACAAGCUGAAGCGCCACAUGCGCACACACUCGGGUGAGAAGCCCUACGAGUGCCACGUCUGUCAUGCCCGGUUCACCCAGAGCGGGACCAUGAAGAUCCACGUGCUGCAGAAGCACAGCGAGAACGUGCCCAAGUACCAGUGUCCCCACUGUGCCACCAUCAUCGCGCGGAAGAGCGACCUGCGUGUGCACUUGCGCAACCUGCACACCUACAAGGCCACAGAGAUGAGGUGCCGCUACUGCUCCGCCGGGUUCCACGAGCGCUAUGCCCUCAUUCAGCACCAGAAGACCCACAGGAACGAGAAGAGGUUCAGGUGCCAGCACUGCAGCUACGCCUGCAAACAGGAGCGCCACAUGACCGUCCACGUCCGCACCCACACGGGGGAGAAGCCCUUCGAGUGCCUUUCCUGCGACAAGCGCUUCCGGCAGAAGCAGCUUCUCAACGUCCACUUCCGGAAGUACCACGACUCGGAUUUCAUCCCCAGGGUGCACAAGUGCCCCAAGUGCGGCAAGGGCUUCUCCCGCUGGAGCAACAUGCACAGACACGCAGAGAAGUGUGACUCGGGCCAGGAGAGGACGGCCACCUCGGGGAAAGGAAGACGGGUGAGGAAGAGGCGGCCGACAGUCCCCAAGGAAGCAGGAAAGGAUGACGAGGCUGCUGCAGCAGAGGUCUCCGUUGCCAGCGGGGCCCCGCUCCCCGGCCAGGUGGCUCCUGUCCCCCGUGAAGAAACAGCAGCCGGCGGCAGGGCCCUGGGUGAAGACAUGACCUGCGAGAUCAUCCUCAACAUGAUGGUCGAGUGA